GGAGCCUGAUUCAGAGGCGCCGGGGCAGACGAAAAGCCAAGGCGCCCUCCCUCCCUCCUUCGCCACCAGCCGGCUUUGCUUGCAGAGAGGAGGAGCGAGACGGUCGCCGCCUGCCAUGCACCUCUUGCCGCAAGGGGAGAGCAGCGCUGCCAGGAUACAGACCCAUCGGGUAGGCGAGUGAGGAGGAGGCGACAGAGAGAGGAGGGAGGGAAAAAAGAGGGGGACACCUGAUUUCUCCUCCUAUACCCCCGGAGUGAGUCGCGCUUUCUCUGCCUCCUUCUGGAUGCCGGCUUGAACCGGGGCCUCCUUUUGCAAAACGCUGCCUGGCUUGUUUUUUUUUUCCUCCUCUCCUUCUUGUGGGGGCGCUGCUGAUUUCCCUCCCCCUCCCUUUGCUCCUUCCAUUGAAUCUUUUUUUUUGGGGGGGGGUUGUUCUGCGAGUUCGCGCGCUGCCCUUGCCUGGAUUUCAACCACCUCAUCUUACUCUUCCUUGAAAUCGAUUUUUUUUCACGUGAUCUAAUAGAUCAACUCUUCUCUUUUCCUCCGGAGCAGAGGUGGUGUGUGCGUGUGCUUGCGGGCUGCUUUUUCCUUCUGGAAGGGGAGAUGCGAAGGGUGUGGAGGUGAUGGACGCGAGGCGAUGGCAUAGGAGCGCGGCUCCGGUUUGCAGGAGAGGCGGCGGCGGCGGCGAUUCCUCCGAGGCGUCCAAAACGGCACCAUAACCGGAGAUCGGGGUUUUUUUCAGUAGCGGGGCGGCGGUUGCUAAGGAGAAGCGGAGCGGCCUUUACAUUGCAUUUCUCUCCCCGCCCCUCCUCCUCCUCGCAGUCCCUUUUUUCUAUUUAAAAGGAAACAAGAAAAAAGCAACCCGCUUUCCUCUCCCCUCCCCCCCUUCAGUUUCUCUCUGAUGAAAAUGGAUCCGGAUUUGCUAAUGACUCUUUCCGAUCCAGGGACCAAACCGGAUCGAGAACCGCUUCUGACGCUGGGGCCCCUCCAGAAUGGGAAAUACCUCCUCCUGGAGCAAAAGAGAGGACCGGCUUUGCCCAGCCCCGAACUCGUGCUGCUUUCCCGGGAAACAACCGCGGGAAACACCGCCUUGAUCUUGCCCGGAACAGGGGACAUAAAAAAGCCUUUGGCCCUGGAGCGGGUCCUGAACGGGAUGAAGCUGGGUGAGAUGGAGCGCCGCCAAGCCUUGUUCCCCGACGGCCCCCUUGAAUUUUUGUACCGCGUGGAGAAGGAGCCGGAGGAGGUGGACCGGGAGGCCCAGGGACCAAUCAGCGACGGGGAAACCGGUUCAGGUGUGGGCGAUAACAGUAAUCCGGAUAGCCCUGGGGAGGGUUUGGAUUUGAGGCUUGCCCCUGUCCGGGAUGGGUUGGCCUUGGAGGAAAGCACAGCGUUGAGGGAAGAGGAGCAGUUGGUCUCUUGCUCCUUCAUCCAGGCAGAGUCUCCAGUUCCUCAGGAUUUACAACCGGUUGUAGAGGAGUGGAGUGAAGGAGAACCCUUUCCACAACCCCAGGAGCCUGUGGAAGGUGGGGAACCCUUGAUCUUGGCUGGUGAGCCUUCUCAAGAGGAAGAGGAGGAGGAGGAGGAGGAAGAAGGCCCCUUAGACAGAGGCCUUCCAAGCCCCCCUUGGACUAAAGAUAUGGAUAGCUGUGACUCUCAAAAGUGUCCGCAGAGCCCUUUGCUGCGGCCUUUGGAUUUGGCUCUUGCUCCCCAAAUUGGCACGGGAGUGGACCUCUUUCCUGCUUUCCAUUCUCCCAAUAAUCUCAGCCCACACCUUGAAUUUGGGCACACUGAACACAUAGAGGAUGAAUCUCCAAGUUCCCCAGAGGAUGCUCCCCGGCUCCGAGCUGUCUUCGAUGCCCUGGACCGUGAUGGUGAUGGAUUUGUCCGGAUAGAGGAGUUUGUCCAGUUUGCUACGGUUUAUGGAGCAGAGCAGGUGAAAGACCUGACCAAGUUCUUGGACCCCGCUGGGCUUGGAGUAAUCAGCUUUGAAGACUUCUAUCGAGGAAUCUCAGCUAUCAGGAACGGAGCAGUUCCUGACAGCCAGCUCUGCACUAUGGGAUAUGCCCAUGAUGAACCACCAUCCGCCUGUCCCGAUGAGUUUGAUGACUUUGUCACAUUUGAGGUGAGUGUCUAUUUUUGGUUGCCCGCCUCCCUGGAGCUUGGUGGAGUGGCCACCGGGAUCCUAAAUCCCGAGAAAACCCCUCCCACAGGGGUUUACAUCCUCUCCCCAGUAGUUAGGAUCUGUGAGGUCCCAUCGCGUGGUGGGGUGGAGAGAAGCAUUCCUUCGGAAGUUCUCGUCGUACGUCAAAGCAGCAUUUUCGCCUGCCAGAGCACGCGCCCGCCUCACAUGAGCCUGAGCGGGCAGAUUGCGCCCGCGCUCCGGGUCGCCCACCAGCUACGGCGUCUGGCUGAGCACCCGCUGCCGGGGCAGGCGCCUGGGCAGCAGCCACUGAUGGACCCUGAGCACUUUGAGGACUACGGGGAAGGGAAUGAGGUGGAUCUCUUCUCAGACAGCUUGUGCAACGGAGAAAGUGGCUUCAGUAGUUCAUCCUUCCUCUCUCCGAGCACCAACCCACUUGCGGCGAAACUGCACAGCAUUAUCACUGACGAGGCGUUUGAGUUUUACUGUACCCAGUGCCACAAACAAAUCAACCGCCUCGAGGACCUGUCUGCUCGCCUAAAUGAUCUUGAAAUGAAUAGUCCAAAUAAGAGGCUCUCAAGCAAGAAGGUAGCCAGGCACCUUCACCAGACAGGAACCCUCCCUCUAGAUGUCAUGGAGGAACCCUUCCGGAACAACACCGAAUGCUUGGAAGAGGACAUCACUGAUAAGGUGAUCUUCCUAGAGAAAAGAGUGACAGAGCUGGAAAAGGACACGGCGGCAAAUGGGGAGCAGCACAGCCGCUUAAAGCAGGAAAACCUGCAGCUGGUGCACAGAGCGAAUGCCCUGGAGGAGCAGCUGAAAGAGCAGGAGCUGAAAUCAGAUGAGGUUCUCAUGGAUGAAAUCCGGAAACAGCGGGAGCUGCUGUGCAAGAUGGAGCGGGAGAAGAGCAUUGAGAUUGAGAACCUCCAAGCCCGGAUACAACAGCUGGAUGAUGAGAAUGGCGAACUUCGGUCCUGCGUCCCUUGCCUGAGAGCCAAUAUUGAGAGGCUAGAGGAGGAGAAGCAGAAGUUGCUAGACGAAAUAGAAGACCUCACAAUGCAGCUCAAUGAGGAGCAGGAGAACAAGAGGAAGUUGGGAGACAAGCUGACCCACGAGAGGCACCAGUUCCAAAAGGACAAGGAAUCGACCCAGGAGUUGAUUGAGGACCUCAGGAAACAGCUGGAGCACCUGCAGCUCUUCAAGCUGGAAGCAGAACAGCGAAGGGGCAGGAGCAGCAGCAUAGGCCUCCAGGAAUAUAACAGCCGGACGCGGGAGACAGAACUGGAACAAGAGAUCAGGCGGCUCAAGCAGGAUAACCGAAACUUGAAGGAACAGAAUGAUGAGCUGAAUGGGCAGAUCAUAAACCUCAGUAUUCAAGGCGCCAAGAACCUCUUCUCUGCUUCCUUCUCUGAAUCUCUGGCUGCAGAAAUCAGCUCCGUCUCCAGAGAUGAGCUAAUGGAGGCGAUUCAGAAACAAGAAGAGAUCAAUUUCCGGCUCCAGGACUACAUUGACCGGAUCAUUGUGGCCAUCAUGGAAACCAACCCAUCCAUCCUGGAGGUCAAGUAGGAGGCUGAGAACUGCGGUCCUGAGUGACACUUGGGUGCCGUGCAUUUGCUGCUCUUGAGGAGAUGCUGGCAAGUCUUGGCUCUUCUGCAAAGAAGGCGCGGGAAGCCUCACGUCAUGAAACUGGUUAGGUGGUGGAACCUGGUGGACUUGUGGGAGAGAGAGACGGCUAUUGAGCCUGGCUGCGCUGACUCCAGUGGGUUUUUGAGCCCUUGUGACUCACGAGGGUUGGGUGGGGGUGGGCAAAAGGAAACCCGGAGGGAAAAAAAUGCAAGGCGCAGAACACAGCGGGAAAAGGGGGUGGGGGAAUGGGAACGUACACCAGCAGCCUGCCGCGCUGGGCUGCAACUUGAAACCCUCUUCCUGUAAGCUUACAACCCUGCCCUGCACAAGGGGAGAGAAAAGAGGUCCAAAUCUCUCUUGCCCCACAGCAGCCAUCACAGGGGAGAUGAAGAAGAGAAGUUCUCCACUGCCUCCCUCCCUCCCUUGCCUUGCCCACCCCAUCCUUCCUGAAAACUCACUGGGAGACACAUCAGUUGCACUCUGCAGCAUCUCCCUUCUUGAAGCUGUGGGCGCCCUCCAAGAGGGAUCAAGGCCACAAGACACGUGGAUGACUUUUAUCAUUGAACCAGUGGAAGGGGAGAAAAGGGCCCUUACCUGGUCCAAACGUUUUAGUCUCUCUAGCUUGCAGAAGCAUUCCCCAUCAAAAUAUUUGAGGGAGGGGGCUUGCUUGUAGUUUGUGUGAUCCCCGACCCCUUUUGUUUGGCAAGCUGCCUUAAAGAAAACAUAGCUGGCUUGUUUCCUAUCAGAGGUUGCAGGGAGGUGAACAGGUUCUGGCAGGUGGGGAAACAGGAGAGGGGCUUUCUGGCAUUAUAGUUUUAAAAAAUUGCCUACUGACACCCUCUGCUUGAAGACCUAGUCGCAGCUGAUGGCUAUUCUGCAGGCCAGCUGCCCACCAGGUGAUGUGGUUGGUCUGCUGGAGGCACCGGGAAGGGGAUGCUCAGCUGAUGAUACUUCAGCACUGGAGGCAGAGCUAUUUUUCCCCUCAGGUGCAGCAGCCGCCGCCACAUCCCUUCAUCUUCACUGCACACCUUUAUCUUAUCCUUUUAUUUUUGCAGCAGUUUGGUCACUUUAAGACAGGAAUGGUGACUGUUCUAUCCCAACUUUUUUUUGCGGGAGGAGGAGAGAGGAGAUUUAAGAUACUUCAGACAGAGAAGCAAGCUGUUCAGCUGCUGACAUAACCAUGUCUUGCUGCACAGAAUGUUCCAUUAACCAGAAAUGAAGCUUUUGCCAUCAUAUCCAUACCAAGAGUCAAAUCUAAAAUGGUUAAAGUUGGCAGGAUUUUGGAUUGUUUGCUUCAUUUUGCAUACCCUUUGGGACAGGAUGAGAGAGAUGGAUGUGUUGCAACUUAAUCCUCUUUUCCUUCUUCCCUUCUCCUUCUCUCUAAAGCCCAGCUGGAAGAAAAAACAUAUGUUGCCCACCUCCCCAUCCCAAAUUUUAUAGGAAAAGGUUGGUUUUUCCCAUACCUAAAAGGUAUGCUGUCUCCACAGAACCAGAAGGUUAAGGUGUUCUUCUAUAUAUAUAUAUAUUUUAAAAUCUGGCCCUGGGGGUUGGUUUUAAAUCAUGUUUUGCUUGGGGGUUUCUCUUUUUAAUGGCACAACUAGGGAAUGGGGAAGGUGGAGCAUAAAUCUGUUGUUGAUGGAUCUUGCUGCUUUGUACAUAGAUAACAUUCAGGACCCCCUAAGAAGGGGCACUGAUUGGCCAGUGCCUGGGACUCCCAGUGAAGGUUUGGUUCUGGGAUGGAGCUGAGAGUUCUGAGCUUUUUCUGGGUGCCUUCUCUCUCCCUCUCUCUCUUAGAUCUCCCCGCCCUCUCUUAAAGCACACGCAUUUAGGCACAAGGUAUGUAGCAGUACCCCACAUACUUGCGUGAGCCAUCUAAGCAACUGGCUCUCAUGGAGAGCAGAAGUGGGCAGUGACAGCUGACAUAUCUCCUUCCUCCUGGAAAGCAUAAAGUGCUUGUUCUCAACCCCUGAUGGUACAGGGAAAGCAACAAUCCUAUUCUGUUUUUUUCUAAAUUCAAAAAUGCACCAAAGUGAGCACCCCAAUCCAAGGUCACUGGGUUUUGCUCCUAUUGAGCUCAAAUGCAUUUACCAGGUUCCCAGGAUGAAUUGCGGCACCAUGGCCAGAUUAUGUGGAACUAUUUUUUUGUAUUAUUAUAAUCAGUGGAUUCAUGCUCUAUAAUUUCUAGCUAGAUCAAGUGGGGUGGGGGGUGAGGAACACAGGGACAAAAAAUGUGGAAGUGUUUGCUUCUCCACCUGGACAGCGAUUCUUUGAGCUCAAACACCCACCUUCACAUUUAUCCCCUUGCUGUGCCCACUCAACCACCCCUGAAAUCUGGAGAAAGAAUCCGCGUAUUGUACAUUUCCAGUGGACUCUUGGGUGUAAAUCAGUGUAUACUUGGAGAAGGAAGGCUUUUCUUUUUCUACCUUGUAGAGUUAGGUAUUUUUUAUAGAUUGAUGGCUGAUCAAUUUUUUAAUACUUCAAAAAAAAGAGCAAUGUAUCUACACACACACAUGCACACACACACGCACAUAUAUAUAUGUAUAAUGUACAAAUCUAUAAAUAAGCAGAUCUGCCUUUCUUGACUUGGGCAUCUAUGCCCACGAUAACACACACACACUCCUCUCCCAGCCCUCCUGGUUGAUCACAAAGAGGUACUGUAAUGUAAAUAGUCACAGGAGGGGGAAAAUUAUAAUAAUAAACCAACAAAAGUGAAGCACUGGCUUGCACACUGCUUUAAUUUCCUGAGGAAACCUGUUCUUCCCUGCUGGUAUGUGAAGGAACUUCCAGAAAGAGGCGAACAGUAUUUGUCUUAACGGGUGUACUGACUCUUGUCUGAUUAAAAGCUGUUACCGUCUCUUUGCUGGAGACCAGUCUC